ACGACAGACGUGCAGAAUCGCCCUGUGCACGUGUUGGUGUUGGUGCGUGCGUACCCUGCGUCGCGAAAACGCGCCGCGCCGUCGGUCCCGGCGUAUAUAAGGCCCGCUGCACUCGAAAUGGAAUCAGUCUCCGAUAUGUUGCGUCCAUUGCAUUUCGUGUUCUUCUUUGGGGCGUUUGCCUUCCUCACGUUUGUCGCCGCUGUGGAAAACGGGGAAGCCCCGGUGCAGAGCGAGAUCGAACCGCAACCGGAUGCGAAUGCCAAUGAUCUAGAAGCGGACGCUACGUAUUGGGGAUACGGGCGACCAUAUAGAUACUACGGUGGUUGGGGAGGUGGAUACGGCGGCAGAGGAUACGGCGGUUGGGGAGGAUGGGGAGGCUGGAACGGUUGGAGAGGAUACUGGGGCGGACGAAAUGGUUGGGGUGGUUGGGGUGGACGAGGCUAUGGUGGUUGGGGCUUGGGAUACUGGGGUUGAAAUGUGAAUUCCGUGUUCCAUCUGCGUGAUAUUUUGUCGCUAUCAGCGUAACCUUUGGCCGUUCAUAUGAUUUUCUUUUUUUAAGUUACACGAAGCUCUUCGACAAUUUCAUUAGUUUCGUAAGUUUUCAUCAAAAUUUUCAUUGUACAAGAAUAAAAAGGAUAUAUGAAAGAAACG